CAGCAGUUCUGUCACAACUGUAUUUAUGCUUUGAUUUGCACACUAAUCAGUUGCGCUCAUAAUGUUCCUGCAGCCAUAAAUUUAGCAUGAUGCAUAGAGAUUGGUAUAAACACAUGAGCUGGCUUAGCACAGAUAUUUAAUAAGGAAGCAUUCUCAGAUUCACUCUGACAGCUGUGACGUUGACACCAAUCAGUAGGCACGCUCUGUCAAACGAAGCGGUGUCUGUUAAUUAACUUGAAUAUUAGUAAUGAGGGUUAUAGUCAUUUGCGGAUCUGUAAUGAGAUAACACUACAAUUAGAGCCAAAUACAGAAUGUCAUUUCUAUUAACCUGGUUGUUUUUUUUUAACCUGAAUAAAUUUUUUAAUUGAAUUUUAUUGUACCCCUACAAAAAAAUUAAAAAGAAAUUUUGCCUGAAUUUUUUUUAUUUUAUUUUUUUUAAAUAUUUUUAUUGCCCCCCACCCCCCUCUCUCUCCUCCUAAGUUUAGCGGACUGAGACCAGAGCAUCUCCCUCACCAAUGUUGUUGACGUGGCCCAAAACCAACCUCUCUCGAUUUUAUUUUUUAAUUUUUACAAGCCUCUGACUUUGUUCUAUUGAGACUGUAAGUGUAGGUCAAUCAAUCAUAAAUAUUAUUGUAAUCUGUAUCUAUUAAAGAUAUAGAUUUGCAAAUUUUAAAAGUCUUAGAUGCAAUGAACGCAGUGUGAUCAACAGUCCUAAAUAUAAAGCUCCUGUGAUAUAUUUUUUUAUCUUCAAUUUAAUGACGAGUUCAAGCUGCCCACAGGGGAUGCCGCAAAAUGUUCGUAUUUAUACAUUUAAUAUUGUACUGUACAGUGGAACCUCAGAGAUCAAUCACAAUCUAUUUUGUGAUGCAGCUUCUUUUUUUUCAUUAAAUAAAAACUCCAUUUUCAUUUGAGAUGAAUUCAAUUUGGUAAAAUCUGUUCCCGAGCAGAACUAUCACUAUUACAUUAGAACUAUUACAUCAUUAAACCUUUAAUAAAAACAUGAAAUCUUUUAAACAACAUUUUGUCAUACAAUAAAGUAUUUAAACACUCUUGACUUUAAUGAGGAGGGAUACUUUGUUGCUGAUGCAAUUCUUUAAGUGCAGAAUUAACCAAUAAUGUAACGCUGAAUGUUAAAAUGUAAUUGCAACGCUUGACCUUUUGAUCACAAGUGACAGUUAGGCUAUAUAGCAGCUUGUCAGUUUGUGGGUAGGGCAAGAAGCUGGUAUAGCAGUCUACAACUUUAUUCUUGGGAGGCACAUCUGCUUCACAGUUCUGAGAACCAGGGUUAAAAUCCGGCCUAGCCUGUGUGGAGUUUGCAUGUUUUCCCCGUGCCUGCGUGGGUUUUCUCCGGGUAUUCCGGUUUCCUCCCACGUCCCAAAAACAUGCACGGUAGGUUAAUUGAAGACUCUAAAUUGGCCGUAGGUGUGAAUGUUAGUGCGAAUGGUUGUUUGUUUAUGUGCCCUGUGAUUGGCUGCCGACCAGUUCUCGCCCGCAGUUAGCUGCGAUAGGCUCCAGCAUACCUGCAACCGUGAGGAUAAGUAAUGUAGAAAAUGGAAAAAAAUUAUGCAUCUUUAUUCUUCUUGAGAAACAACACAAACAAAUGGUCGGUCACAGAAGAUCGACAAUCAAAUCCAGUAACACACCAAUAAAUGAGACUUGUCUACAUUUGAAACUUGCAUAAUACUGUCUGAAACACACAAGAAUGCAUGGUAACAUCCAGUGGAUAUUCUUCUCCUCGCACAGCAUUUUUCUUCUUUUAGCACUUCAGUCAUUAAACAUUUUGCCCAAAAACCUGACACCACGCAUUCUCAUUAAAGGAUAUUUGUCAAUUUCCCAUACUUUAUGAGUUGAGGUUCCACUGUUCAUUGGUAUAUAUUAUUGUAGCUCAGUAAGAUUUGUGCGUUUUAAGCUCAACUGGUGAUUAUCAAAUGAUAAUCGAUGUAUGUGCAUUUGUCUGUGUGUAAGAAAGAACGUAUGAAUAUGUGUCUGUCUUUAUCGUUCCAAGACCCUGCUAAAGACAGCAUAGGCCAUGCUGUUCUCUAACAGUUUUUUCCUCAUCCUUCCUCUUCCUCUGAAAUGGACCUUUUACAGACGGAGAAGAUAGCCCAAGAGAGGGAAAAGUUUGCAGAUGAAGACAGCAUAUUUUACACUCUGGGAGAAUGUGGCCUCAUCUCCUUCUCUGACUACAUCUUUCUCACCACUGUGCUUUCCACUCCCCAGAGGAACUUUGAGAUUGCUUUUAAGAUGUUUGAUCUCAACGGUGAUGGAGAGGUAGACCUGGAGGAGUUUGAACAGGUCCAGAGCAUUAUCCGCUCUCAAACAAGUAUGGGCAUGCGACACCGCGAUCGCUCAACCACAGGAAACACCCUAAAGACAGCCGGCUGCAGUUCGGCACUCACCACCUACUUCUUUGGAGAAGACCUGAAGGGAAAACUUACCAUCGGCAGCUUCCUGGAGUUUCAGAGGGAGCUGCAGCAUGAUGUGCUUAAGCUAGAGUUUGAGCGGAAUGAUCCUGUGGAUGGACGAAUCUCAGAGAGACAGUUUGGCGGUAUGCUGCUGGCUUACAGCGGCGUUCAGUCUCGUAAACUCAAGCAGAUGCAGAAGGGAUUGAAAAAGAUGUUUAAGGAUGCACAGGGUAUCACAUUUGAGGAGGUGGAGAAUUUCUUUACCUUUCUGAAGAAUGUCAAUGAUGUGGACACAGCGCUGAGUUUCUACCACAUGGCUGGAGCAUCCAUAGAUAAAGUGACCAUGAAACAGGUGGCCCGCACCGUAGCCAAGGUGGAGUUGUCAGAUCACGUGUGCGACGUGGUCUUCGCCCUGUUCGACUGCGACGGGAAUGGCGAGCUCAGUAAUAAGGAGUUCAUCGCCAUUAUGAAGCAGCGGCUCAUGCGUGGGCUGGAAAAACCCAAGGACAUGGGCUUCACUCGGUUGGUGCGCGCCAUGUGGAAGUGUGCUCAGGACACCGCCUGGGACUUUGCAAUGCCAAAGACAUAAUGGAGAGCAAAGGUGACACGCGAGUGGGAGUAACAACGCCAUUAGAGGCAGACAUUUUACUAACAAACGACUGCAGCCAUGAGGUGUUUCAUCGCCCAUUCUGGUGUCAGGAUGCAUGCACAGUGUGUCUGUGAGGCUUCCCGUCAAUGCAUCACACACUUUUUUAUAAUGGGAAAUAUAUAAGUAUAUAUUUAUUUUUUGCCAUAUUCAGUGCACCAUGUGACUUUUUUUUUUAUCUUGAAUCUUAUUAGGCAAGUCUGUUAGCAUCUCUAUACUUACUUGCAAGGUUCUUUUACCAUUUAAAUAUUUUUUGUUCUUUUAUGUCACUAAAAUAUAUCUAUAAAUGUGUAUUUGUCCAAAUAUUACAUUGUGCACUGAAACACUUAUGAUGAAUGUAAUGCAAAUUAAAGAUUUGUAUUGAGAAAUUGAA